GUCGCUUUGGCUUUGUCGACGUAGCCUAUUUGGUGACGUAACAAUAUCCGGGUCGUCUGGAGAAACAUGGCGGAAGUGGACGAGUUAAACAAACCUCUGUUUGCAGGGUUAUCAGACGUGUCCAUAGCAGAUGAUAUCCCAGUAGAAGGAGACAUCACUGUACCCAUGAGCUCUCCGAGUGCCAAUGAUGAAAUCUCCACACUGGAUGAACCUGUUAAAGACACGAUCUUGAGGGAUUUGAAGGCAGUUGGUCAGAAGUUUGUGCAUGUGAUGUAUCCAAAGAAAAGUUCAGCUUUACUGCGAGACUGGGAUUUGUGGGGACCAUUGCUCCUGUGCGUUGCUCUGGCAUUGAUGCUGCAGGGUGGAUCUGCAGAUAGUAAGGAUGAUGGAGGUCCUCAGUUUGCUGAAGUCUUUGUUAUUGUCUGGUUUGGUUCAAUUAUCAUCACCGUCAACUCUAAACUGCUGGGAGGAACCAUAUCCUUCUUCCAGAGUCUGUGUGUGUUAGGUUAUUGUAUCCUCCCCUUGACGGCAGCCAUGUUGGUUUGUCGCCUCGUCCUACUCAGCUCCAGCGGAUUGGUCAGCUUUAUUGUCCGGAUGGUGGUCGUCACCGCCUCCUUUGGCUGGUCAACAUUUGCCUCCACAGCGUUUCUUGCUGACAGCCAGCCACCCAAUCGGAAAGCUCUGGUCGUUUACCCGGUCUUCCUCUUCUACUUCGUGAUUGGUUGGAUGAUCCUGACAUUCUCUCCUUCAUCGUAACAUUCGCUCACUUUCCACCAAUCAGCAGAGGGUCUUAACUUGAAGCCCCUCCCUUCCUGCUCUUACUGUCAUGUUGCCCAGGACGAUGGACCUGAUGUUCUAGGGGUGGCUUUCCCAAAAAAAAGGGACACGACAUGUGGAUAUUUCCUUUUUUAUUUCAUGUUUGUGUAUAGACAGAUGGAGAGCUGGAGAAAAAAGGAGAGAGAGAGAGAGAGAGAGAGAGACCAACCUGAAAACUAUUUUACUUUUCACACAAUUCUACAUGUCUUUACACCGUGUGUGUGUGUCUGUGUGUGUGUGUGUGUGUGUGUGUGUGUGUGUGUGUGUGUGCAUACACAUAAUAUUAAUGUCUGUCCUGAUUUAGUAAUAUUCACUUGUAAUAAAAAUAAUUCUGUCAUUUGAUUAAAUUCUUUAAUUCUAAUAGAAAUCAGAUGGAUGUCUCAUGAAUAUUAAUGAGUGGGGCGUGGUCAGCUUGUGUAUCUGUAUGUGUGUGAGUUUGUGUGGAGAGGUUGUGGUGAUGUGGGAUUAAUUACAGCUGUGAUUGUGUAUUUAUUACUAUGUAAUAAAGAUGUUAAUAACAGCA